GUGAGCACGUUGAGGUCCGCGAGUGAUCAGCUGAGCCGAGUGGCAGUGUAUAGUUUAUCUAGAGCCCGGGCAGAGGCGGGAACUUGUGGGAAUGCUUGUGUAGUAGUAUAUGCCGGGAGGGGGAGGCAGAAGAAGGUGUGAGCUAAGGAAAGGAAGUGCAGUGUACGGAAAGAUCCCAAGGGACGGGCAGGAGCCUCGGAGUUACGAGGAGUGUGUGUGGGGGAUCCUCUGCAAAAAGGGUACAGAGUGGGGAUCUCGUCUAAUAGACACAGUACAGCAAGGUUUCCGUCUCAUAAGGGUUUGGGUUGUGGAAUUUAGUUGCAGGGGGUUUACAGGGGCCCCAUCUAAUUUAGGGUGGUCCUACAUAAUGAUCUGGCGUCUGUGAGACCAUUGUGCUGCUUCUUCCUUCAGUGGAUAUAGAGGAGGGGACACCCCAUGGCUACUGGUACUUACUCUUCUCAGCCCUUCUAUGUAGGGAUCUGCCUGAUAUCAGCCAUCUGCACUCUCAUCCAGGGAAUAGAACAGACAUCCUUCCUGUCUUCCUACGAUAUAAUUAUACCUCAGAAAGUAGCCCGGGCACGAAGAGAUACGUCUGAAUCCUCUGGAGAGAAUUCACUUUCAUAUGCCAUUGAGGUAGAAGGCAAGAAACAUGUUCUGCAUUUGGAAAAUAACAGAAAUUUUAUUGCCAGAGACUUUGCUGUCUAUACAUUUGCAGAAAGUGGAAGUAUAAUAGCAAGCCGGCUUCAGGAUAAGGAGCACUGUCAUUAUCAGGGGUAUGCAGAGGGGGUUCCAGGAUCUGUUGUGGCCAUCAGCACCUGCUCUGGUUUACGGGGCAUGCUGCACCUGCAGAACUCAAGUUAUGGGAUCGAACCCUUGGACACCUCAGACACGUUCCAGCAUCUGGUAUAUCGCCUGGAGGAUGUAAAGAGUGAGCCGAUGUCAUGCGGAGUGACAGCUGCUGACAAAGAGCCAGAGACAGACCUUAAUCCACCUAGUAUGACUCAGCUCCUGCGGAGGGCCAUUCUCCCCCAGACAAGAUACGUGGAACUCUUCUUAGUUGUGGACAAGGAGCGGUUUGACUUGCUCGGCAGGAAUGAAUCGGCUGUGAGGGUGGAAAUGGUGCAACUGUCAAAUUAUCUGGACAGUAUGUACACAAUGCUUAACAUUCGUAUUGUCCUGGUUGGCCUGAUGAUCUGGACAGACAGCAAUAAGAUCAGCAUUGAUGGGACAGCAGGAGAUGUCCUGGGGCGUUUUGUACAGUGGCGCGAGACUAACCUGCUCUCCCUGCGUAGGCAUGACAGUGCCCAGCUUGUCCUGAAGAAAAGCUAUGGUGGCACAGCAGGCAUGGCAUUUGUGGGCACGGUAUGUUCCAGAAGUCAUGCCGGUGGUAUCAAUGUGUUUUCCCAUUACAAUGUCCAGUCCUUUGCUUCCAUUGUUGCCCAUGAGCUGGGCCACAACCUCGGGAUGAACCACGACGAUGGCCGGAACUGCUUGUGUUCAGUGGGUAGCUGCAUCAUGAACUCUGGUGCCACGGGAUCCAAAAACUUCAGCAGCUGCAGUGAAGAAGACUUUGAGAAACUGACACUACACAAGGGCGGGAGCUGUCUACUGAAUGUGCCUAAACCCGAUGAAGCUUACAGUGCCCCCUUCUGUGGAAACAAACUUGUGGAUGUAGGAGAGGAGUGUGACUGUGGGAGCCCCAAGGAAUGUGAGAAGGAUCCAUGCUGUGAACCUGGGACCUGCAAGCUGCGUUCUGGAGCCCAGUGUGCCUAUGGAAGCUGCUGUCAAAACUGCCGGUUCUCCCCUGGUGGCACAGUCUGCAGGGCAGUGGUCAUUGAAUGUGACCUCCCAGAGUACUGCAAUGGCUCCUCCCCUUUCUGCCAGCCAGAUGUCUAUAUCCAGAAUGGGCAUCCGUGCCAGAACAGUAAAGCCUACUGCUACAAUGGCAUGUGCCAGUCUUAUGAUGCCCAGUGCCAGGCCAUCUUUGGAUCCAAGGCCAAGUCUGCUCCCCCAAUCUGCUACCAAGAAGUAAACUCCAAAGGGGACCGAUUUGGGAACUGUGGGUUCCAAGGCAAUGAUUACAGAAAAUGCGACACCAGGAAUGCCCGCUGUGGGAAGCUGCAGUGUGAGAAUGUGGAGACUAUGCCUGUGUUUGGGAUUCGGCCUUCCUAUAUUCAAACUCCAAUUCAUGGCACCAGUACCGUUUGCUGGGGAGUGGAUUUUCAGCUCGGCUCUGAUGUCCCCGAUCCUGCCAUGGUGAAUGAAGGCACCAAGUGUGAUGAGGGCAAGGUCUGCAGUAAAUUCCAAUGUGUUGAUGCUUCUGUGCUUCAGUACGACUGCGAUGUGCAGAAGAAGUGUGGAGGAAAUGGGGUUUGCAACAGCAAUAAGAACUGUCAUUGUAAUGAAGGUUGGGCCUUCUCUAAUUGCCAAACCGAAGGCUACGGGGGCAGCAUUGACAGCGGACCUACAUAUAAUGAUAAAGACACGUCUCUCAGGGAUGGGCUGCUGGUUUUCUUCUUCCUUAUUGUGCCUCUUUUGGCCCUUGGUGCCUUUGUAUUCUUCAGGAGAAAUGAACUAAAAAGAAGAUUCUGCAGGAAAAAACGCUCACAGGCCCACGAAGUUGACGACAAAAAUCAAACAGGAGGAGAGAGGCAAGCAUCAGGGCCACCAAGGAAUGCACCAAGCACAGCACCUGGAAGGGGUAUUCCAAACGCAGGCCCACCAAGAAAUGCACACAAUGUUCCACCCAAUAGAGGGACACCACUUACUGGCCCACCAAGGAACAUGCCAAACCCAGCACAAAGUCAGUGGCCUUCUGCCCUCAGCCCCCCUAGAAAUGUGCCACCUGCUGGACCAUAUAGAAGUAUGCCAGCUACUGCACCCGCUCAAAGCACUCCCUAUCAACCGAAUAACUUUGCUGUUCCAUCAUAUACAGUGAAGCAGCCUCAACAUAUGCCAUCUAGGCCUCCUCCACCUCACCAAAGAGAAGCACCUGCCAAUAUAAUUCCAUCACGCCCGGCCCCUGCUCCUCCACUAUAACUACUCAAGCACAAUUCAUCCACGUAGAAUUCUCUUUGGGACAUUUAUCAUGACUGGGUACAGAGGUGUUUCUGUAGAAAAGCAUUGGAAAUAAUACCUUUAAGAAAGGUGCAACAGACACAAUGGUUAUACGUGUAUCCCAGACGCUUGCCCAUCCUCCGCUGGGUAUUUGGUCACUUUACCCCCAGAUAAUCAUGGGCCACGGUGGGAACUAAAGGACGGCAAGAUUCUUUCACAGAAAUAGUGGUAUUUUUCAUGCAUGUAUGUAACUUUGAAUAUCUUUCAGUGGGACCUCAGUAAUCCAAUACAAAGGUUUUUUGGUUUUUUUGCUAGAGGUUGAAAAGGUUUAUUUUGAGCAUGCUGUAACAUUAACACACACGCCUGUGACGGUUUCUGUUAUAUGUUAUACUGCAUGCAUGCCUUCCCAGGAUGCAAUCUGUCCAGGUGCCUAAUGGACAGGAAGAUGCCACCCACUUCUACCGUUUCCCUUUAUAGUCCCCCCUGAAGCACUGUUUGAUACACUGAGCCACUUAGCUGCUGUGACCAGAUGCGGAAGGUUCCGGGAAGGAUUCCUGCUCAGACAGUGGUAUGAGGAAAGUUCACUGAGGUGGUAAAUAAUGUUCAGCUGAUUAAUAGGUAACGUUACAUGCAUGGUACCAGCACAACUUCAUUUAGAGCUGGACAAUUCCCUGGGAGCAGAUCCCUCCUCACCUCUAUAGAAAGUGAUGUUUAUAAGGGAUUCCUACUGCAAGUGCUAACAUAACUAACUGUGUCAUUUCAUACGCCAAAAACUGUUUAUGAUAUACAGUAAUUUUAUUUUCUAUGGGAUUAAAUAUUAUUGAUUUUUUUUUUUUUUUAAAUCGCUACAUUUGUGUUUAAAUGUAUGGCAAAGGAUUCUGGGAAGGCAAAGCAUUAUUGUAGAUCAUGGAUAGGCAAUCUUUGCUACUCCAGAACUACAUUGCCCAACAUUCCUGAAUCAGUAGAGCUGUUAGAGGAAUUCUGGGAGUUAGAGUUCUGCAGUAUGUGGGGUGCCAAAGCAUGUCUAUCCCUGGUAUGAACCAUUAUCAUAAAAGAGGUGAGCUCAGAUAAGGUAGGGAUCAUUUCAUUAGUUGAUUUGGAAGAUACCACUGUGGAUUUUGUUAUAUAAAAUCCUUAAUUCUGAUAAACAGAUUGCACGUUUUCUUUUCUUUUUCGGUUUUUCUGUAAUCCACCUUGUUCUGGCACCAACAUCUUUUCUUACUGCCUAUGACUGAUCUGAUUGAUUGUUAUUCUUGCAAUGAUAUUGUACUUGAAAUAGUGCAACAUGGAGAUAUUAGGAAUGUACAUAUGAAAUUCACUUUAACUUCCUUAGCCGAGUAAAUUUCCUUUAUAAUUAG